UUUUCUAGUUCGCACAAUUUGCUAUAGCCGACUGUAGUAUAAAUGUCAUUAUUAGGAUUCUGUCGGAUGCUUUACCGGCUAUGGUGUAUGUUGUAAAGUUUAAUAUAUUUUUCUUCGACACUAAGAAACUAAAACAGAUGCUAGAAGAAAUUAUUAAUAAUCGGCGGAUGUUGACAGAUCCACAGGAAAUUAAAAUAGUAGAACAUUACGCUCACCAAGGGAAAACCGUAACAUUUAUAAGUACAUUGCUGAUGAUAUUUGCUGUAUUUACAAUGUUAAUAAUGGAACUAAUACCAGAUAUCCUCGAUUUUUUCCGGCCAUUAAACGAAUCACGUGCACAUUAUAUAUCAUUCCUGAACGAAUACCACAUGAAUAAGGGAGUACAGUUUUAUUAUUUUCUCUUGUAUUCUAUUAUAAGUAUUAAUAUUGGUGUUCUUUCGCUAUUAUCCGUAUCUACGAUGCUUCUACUGAUUUCUUUGCACUGCUGCGCAUUAUUCAAAAUUUGCAGGUAA